AUGAUUUGGACGAUGAUUUUCCUCAAACCGAACGCGCUGGGAAGAGACUGCAUUGACAGGUGUGGCUCCACCAUCGAUUUCUUCAAGAAAGAUUGCAAGUACCAGGUGAGGAUCGACAACACCCAGGAUGAACAGGAGAUUGACGCCCGCCUGGCCAAGGCAAUCCAGCUACCGCAGCUGGAGUACGCAGGUGGAAGUUUGCUGACCAUUCUGCUCGAGGAUGGACGUUUGGUGAACGCUCAAGUUAGCCGCCAAGUGGAGUGGAACCGUUUCGCCAUCAAGGUGGACGGCCAAGACCAAGACCAGCUGGUGGAGUUGAACGAAGCCAACCACGUCCAGGGCCACUGUGCGGACUUCGACUCCAAGGCCUAUCUGAAGUACUGCGCCAUCCAGCGGGACCGCUUCCGGUUCUUAGAAGACAGUAUCACAUGCCGGAAGAUGGAUGUGGAGACACAGGUGAUUUAUAUUGAUACUGCAGUUGAAAGCGCCACUGUCCAGACCCCGGACAUCAAGAGCCUUGCAGACUUGCUCUUGGGUGCUGAUGGUGAACGCUUCAAAGGGCAGCAGCUGAUCUACAGGCCGGGCAUGUGA